AUGACACCGACACCUCCUUCUACAAACUCAUCGAGUGCUGGCCACUCUCCAGAUUACAGAGUCGUCCGGAAACGAAACCGGGUGCCUUUGUCAUGCGGGCCUUGUCGGCACAGAAAGCUGAAAUGCAAUCGUACAAAUCCUUGCGAAAACUGUGUCAAACGAGGAGAUGCUGCUUCAUGCAAUUAUGCGCAACCCAACUCGCGCAAGAAGAACUCGACCCAGCAAGUUUCCAAUACACCGGAUGAUAUGCAAAACCGCAUCGAUCGGUUAGAAGGCUUGGUUCUUUCGUUGAUGACAAACGGCUCUCAGUCUGCAGGCCCGGCUGCUGCCAUGGCGGCACUCUCCGGGGAAAGUAGUACAGGUUCGACUCGAUUCUCCCAUGACAUCGAUGCCGAAGAGGAUGGCAUGGAGGGCGCCGAAGAGAGUGACACGGACCAGGUGACGAAGUCGUUUGGUGUCAUGAAGAUGGACAAUAACAAGUCGUAUUACAUCAGCGACGCUCAUUGGGUGUCUGUGUUGAAUGAUAUCUCCGAGGUGCGAAGUUUCUUCACAACGCAUAAGAAGCAACUCGAGGAGCAAGUUGAGAAAGUUAAAGCGGCCCGCCCAGCUAGUGAUACAACAGGCGCGAAUUUGCUGUUUGGUAUCAAUAGGUCGAUGAGCCGUGGGGAGAUCAUGAGUGGCUUGCCUUCUAAGUAUACAACUGACAUCCUUAUUGCUCGCUAUUUCAAUUGCUAUGAUCCUGCAACACAUGUUCUUCACGGCCCUACAUUUCAAGCACAGUAUAAUAAACAUUGGGAUGAUCCUGCCGCGACCGAACUCGUCUGGAUCGCCAUGCUCUUCGGAAUGAUGAGGUUGGCAAUGCUAUCUUACCACCGCGAAGGCGAUGAGCCACCUGAAUUCCGGGGCAAGUCUCUGGAUAUGGCUGCGGGAUUCCGAAAUUCUGUAGCACAAUGCUUGACAUUGGCUGACUACACAAAACCUCACCCGUAUCUGAUUGAAGCGUUCGUGUUUCAUUUGCAUGGCGAUUUCUCUCAGACUCGAGAAGCGGACAUUUCCAUUUGGGUCAUGACUGGCGUUGUUACUCGCCUGGCAAUGCGAUCGGGAUAUCACCGCGACUCCAAAAUGUACCCAAACAUCACCCCUUUCCAAGGUGAGAUGCGACGGCGAGUGUGGACCUUUGUGCGCCAGGCCGACCUUCUGUUCUCAUACCAAGUCGGGCUGCCGGGGAUGAUCCGAGGCACGGAGAGCGAUACUGAGCUACCACGGAAUUUGUACGACGAUGAUUUCGAUGAAGACUGCAAGGAACUCCCGCCCCCUCGUCAGUUGAACGAGCCAACACCGAUCUCGUAUUUGAUUGCUAAAGCGCGUCUGGCAUACGUAUUCGGUAAAGUGGUUGAUCAAAGCUCUGCUGUCUCAACAGCCCCAUACGAAAAGGUGAUGGAAAUCGACACGGAACUCCGACAAGCAAGGGACUUGAUUCCUGACCACUUGCGUAUUCGACCUAUGGAGGAGUGCCAGUUGGACCCUGUUAAUCUGAUUAUGUCACGGUUUAGCGUAAUGGCCGUAUAUAACAAAGCUCAGUGUGUGCUUCAUCGCCCGUAUGUGGUUCGCGCACGGGAAAAUCCCCGUUUCACCUAUUCUCGAAGGACAUGUAUCGACUCGGCAAUGGAGUUAUUACAAGUCCAGGCGCUCCUGCACGCGGAGACGCGCAACGGACGCCUACGCAGUCGCCAGAGCCGUGUAACUUCCCAAAGUUCAGCCGACUUCUUACUCGCAGCCACCAUUGUUACUCUCGACCUAUACCACGGCCUGUCAUUGCAGGUGAGCGGCCGGCCAUCUGGAGACACGUACACCUGGGGCCGAGAGCGGCGCGAUGAAAUGACCGCCGCAAUCCAACACUCAAAAGAAAUUUGGGAUGAGUCGCUCGAUGAGAGCAUGGAAGCAUGGAAAGCAUCCAGCAUACUUGGUGUGAUGCUCAGCAAGUUGCACAUGAUGGCCCCAGGCGUUGAAAACAACGCCGGAGCUGCUUCCUUUGAGCCACAAGAUGAGAAGCAGAACGCGGCCAUGACCCUCGGCCUGCUGAGCAGCGGAAUGAGCCCGAUGAACCCGGGCCCGCCGCCAUUUGCCGAUCCUACGUUCAAGACGGGGGAGUCGCCAAUGGGAAUGGGAGCAGGUGGCGUGGGUGCCUCGGCGGAAAUGCCGGGUGCACUUUCGCCCUUUAGCAGCAUGUUCGGGCAGAUGCCGGACAUGCAGGUUAAUCUGGAUUGGGAUGCUUGGGAUACAUACAUCCAAAACCCAACCUUCGACACAUCCAAUCAAUUCUGGCCUAUGAUUGAUGCACAGCGCCAAACAACCCAACAGUCUGGAGGCAUGUCACAGCCUUCGCUGCCUAGUCCUCUGACCUCAAGUCGGGGGCCAUCGAUUGGUGGUGUUCCCCGGCCACCGACAAUGUUCUCAGCAUCCUCCAACAGCCCCGACAGUGGAGGUGUGCCUAUAACAGGGUACGGCAUGUCGCCAAUGCCUCCACAAAACAAUGAUCGGGGCCAAGGUUCCCAAUGA